AUGGAUCGAGAGAGCUGUAUCAACGAUGAAGCAAGCAAACAACUUCAUAGCGAGCUGCAACAAGGCUCGGAUAGUCCCUGCGUCGCAGAUCAGCAGUCGCAGCAGACCGUUUCCUUCGGAAUCUCCCCGUCUUACGUGAAAGACUGGGAUACUACCGACGCCUUCCGCGAGCUAUACCAAAACUGGUACGUGUCGAACUACCCGGUGGGAAAUUUGCUGACACCGAGUUCUUCGGCCUCAGGCGAUCACGCCGAUCCCCAAGCUCGAGGAUUAAUCCAAUACGAGAAAAAGACCGGCCGAGUCAUCCUCACCAAUGCAUCCACGCAACUGCCCGUUGAGUCUCUCAUCAUGGGACACACGACCAAAGCUGGAGACCAGAGGCUGAGUGGCUCGCAUGGAGAGGGCCUCAAACUGGCUGCCUUGGUCAUGAAUCGACACCAAUACAAGAUGAGCAUCGCCGCAAGCCACUGCAAUUGGAAUUUCGGGUUGCAUGGGCCGCAGCUGUCCCUUCGCUGCGUCAUCACGACUGCCUGCAAGCCGAUUCUCAUCGAACAGAGAGACACAGUGGACGAUAUGGCUGACUUGCACUCUCGCAUCGAACGAGAUGUCGCAGUGGUCAUUGGGGCCGGUCGCGGCCAUCAAAGUCGACCGGUGUCACCCAAGACCUUCCUGCGAUGGCUUCGGGUCACUCUCGACAUCCACCAACUGACCUCACCCUCAUCUAUGAUUCCGACGCCCCAGGGAGAUUUACUUCUAGAUGCGAAGUUUUCUGGCAAGCUAUUCCUGCAUGGAGUACGACUCUCCAUGCCUACCGUGGGCGGCAAGGUCUUCAAGUUUGGCUACAACUUCGCCUUCGGAAAAUUUAGCCGGGACCGACAGCGAAUGAUCAGUUGCUUCGAGUUAGCUGACUUGGUGCGGCGAAUAUGGGAGCAUGCACUAUCUCUGCAUGAGGGGCUUCUCCUCCCCUCCUAUAUCGACCUUCUCCGCAACUAUGCGCACCUUGGCGAUGUUGACAAAGCGGAGAUACUUCUGGAGCCAUCAACCAAGACCCGCAUUUGGGAGCACCUCGUGCAUGCUUCAAGGGAUAAGCUUUUCUUUUACAGUGCAGAAACAAAUUCGCAGACCGUGGACGCGAUCCGAAAAUGCACCGGCAGAAAGCCGACCACACUUCCGAAGAGUUUCUGGCAGCUCCUUCGCUCCGCGUCACCAAUCCGGACGAUCGAGGAGGAGCAACAGCAACUUUGCAAGAAUGCGAAGCUCCGUGCCUUGCCCGGUAACGCCUUUGCGAAGACAAUCGAUCGGGCUUUCAGGGCCUGCUUGGCACUCUUGAAUGUCCCAAGCAAAAUGAAAGUCGUAUAUGUCGACGACUUGGCCGGGAGGCUCGAUGUCCUCUACCACGCUGCCGAGUGUGAGACACCGCCCGAGCGACUCACUCUGUUUGUCAACGCGUCCUCAAUCCGCAUUAUGUAA